GCCGCCAUAUUGGGAGACAGCGGAAGUGAGUGAGAGAUAGAGAGCAAAAUAGAGGGAGAGAGAGAGUUGUGGGCUGAGAGUUGAGUCAAUAUUAAUCAGUUUCCUCCUCUUCCUCUUCCUCCUCUUCCUCCUCUUCGUCGCCGCUGCUUCCCAUGGUCGUCUCUCCGGAGGAAAGGGGCGGGCUGAGCGCCACUGCAGAUCCGGAAUCAGAGCGCGGCGGCUCGGCUGAGUUGGGCUCCGUCGCUUGGUUGUGACAGCGCUGCGGGUUCACGGACACACAAACACACCGGAUCUUUACAAACCCCCGUUUCCUGUUUGGAGGAAGAAAUAAAGCAAGAGUUUUAGGAGUGGAAAGUGUUUGAUAAACAGGAGCAGGAAUAAAGAAGAAAGAAAGGAGGGAAAGUAGAAAAGAAAGAAGGAGCGAAAGAUGCCUCUGGCUCAGCUGGCAGAUCCGUGGCAGAAGAUGACUGUGGGUGGAAACACGGAGGACGGUCAUCAUGAGCCUGAGGACUCGGUGGGCGAGGAAGACUCCAUGCCUGACGACAUGCUCUUUAAAGAGAUCAGUAUCACUCAUCAUGUGAAGGAAGGAUCAGAGAAGGCCGACCCUCGACAGUUUGAGCUCAGGAAAGUCCUCGGACAAGGCUCCUUUGGCAAGGUGUUUCUGGUGAGAAAGGUCACAGGACCUGAUGCUGGUCAACUUUACGCCAUGAAGGUCCUGAAGAAAGCAACACUUAAAGUGCGUGACCGGGUCAGGACAAAGAUGGAGAGAGACAUCCUGGUGGAGGUCAACCAUCCCUUCAUCGUCAAACUGCACUACGCCUUUCAGACCGAGGGGAAGCUCUACUUAAUUUUGGAUUUCCUGCGAGGAGGAGAUCUCUUCACUCGUCUGUCUAAGGAGGUGAUGUUCACAGAGGAGGAUGUGAAGUUUUACUUGGCUGAACUGGCUCUGGCUCUGGAUCACCUGCACGGCCUCGGAAUCAUUUACCGAGACCUCAAGCCUGAGAAUAUCCUCCUCGAUGAAGAAGGACACAUUAAAUUGACUGACUUUGGCCUCAGUAAGGAGUCCAUAGACCAUGAGAACAAAGCCUACUCCUUCUGUGGGACGGUGGAGUACAUGGCUCCUGAGGUGGUGAACAGACGAGGACACACGCACAGCGCCGACUGGUGGUCGUACGGUGUACUGAUGUUUGAGAUGCUGACGGGAACGUUGCCUUUUCAGGGCAAAGACCGGAAGGAGACGAUGACCAUGAUCCUUAAAGCGAAACUGGGAAUGCCUCAGUUUCUGAGUUCUGAAGCUCAGAGUCUCCUCAGGAACCUUUUCAAAAGAAACCCUGCAAACAGAUUAGGAGCAGGUCCAGACGGAGUGGAGGAGAUCAAGAGACAUCACUUCUUCAGCACCAUCGACUGGAACAAACUGUUCCGCAGAGAGAUUCCUCCUCCUUUCAAACCAGCUGCAGGACGACCUGACGACACUUUCUAUUUUGAUCCAGAGUUCACCGCCAAAACUCCCAGAGACUCUCCUGGUGUGCCUCCCAGUGCUAACGCUCAUCAGCUGUUCAGAGGAUUCAGUUUUGUGGCCAUAACAGAGGAGGAGACACAACCACUGCCUAAUGCUAUAGUACAGAAUCUUCACCGCAGCACGUCGUUGUUCUCCGACGUCUACGAGAUCAAAGAGGACAUCGGCGUGGGCUCGUACUCCAUCUGUAAACGCUGCGUGAACAAAGGCAGCGGCAUGGAGUACGCCGUCAAGAUCAUAAACAAAGCAAAGAGAGACCCGACAGAAGAGGUGGAGAUUCUGCUGAGAUACGGACAACAUCCCAACAUAAUCACGCUCAAAGACGUCUAUGACGACGGUCGCUCCGUCUUCCUGGUCACAGAGUUGAUGAAAGGAGGAGAACUGCUCGACAAAAUCCUGAGGCAGAAGUUUUUCUCUGAGCGCGAGGCGAGCGCCGUCCUCUACACCAUCACCAAAACGCUGGAGUAUCUGCACGUGCAGGGAGUGGUCCACAGAGACCUGAAGCCCAGUAACAUUCUGUACGUGGAUGAGAGCGGGAAUGCCGAGUCCAUCAGAAUCUGUGACUUUGGUUUCGCCAAACAGCUGCGAGCAGAGAACGGUCUGCUCAUGACGCCGUGUUACACCGCCAACUUUGUCGCUCCUGAGGUGUUAAAGAAACAGGGAUAUGAUGCAGCCUGUGACAUCUGGAGUCUGGGAGUUCUGCUCUACACCAUGUUAACAGGCUUCACUCCGUUUGCCAACGGUCCUGAAGACACUCCGGAGGAGAUCCUGGCUCGCAUCGGCAGCGGGAAGUUCUCUCUCAGCGGAGGAUACUGGACGUCUGUGUCCACUGAGGCUAAGGACCUGGUGUCACGGAUGCUGCACGUGGACCCUCACCAGCGCCUGACGGCGGGUCAGGUUCUGCGACACCCAUGGGUGACGCACAGAGACCAGCUGCCCAAAUACACACUCAACAGGCAGGACGCACCGCACCUCGUCAAGGGAGCGAUGGCCGCCACCUACUCCGCCCUGAACAGGAACGUCCCCCCAGUCCUGGAACCGGUGGGUCGUUCCACUCUGGCACAGCGGAGGGGGGUUAAGAAGAUCACAUCCACCGCUCUGUGACCUUUAAGCCCCGUGCCCCCUCACCUCCACCCACCAACUCUGACCUCGAUCUGACCUCUGCCGGCUCCUCCCUCCCUCCUGUCCACUGCAGGACGGUCCGGCAGGACAGACUACUGAUGGACAUGCUAACGCCAAAUAUGAGCACAGAGAUGGCCACUGACGCCUGGCCCCGCCCCCAUGGCCCCCCCCUCUUCCUCCGCUGUCCUGCACCUUAACGGACACGAUUGGCUCUUGUCCACUGUCUCGCUGUAGUCCGUCAGCUGGGCGGAGUCUUUGCUUUGGACAAUCAGAGCUGCCUCGAAAACGCGGAGCAAAAAAAGAACGUACUGUAUUUAUAGACUUCAAAGAUAAGUGAACGUAUGGCAAUCUUAACGUAUGCAUUUAUAGGAGCCACGGUUUUAACCUCAAUGAGCCUCCGAGAAGACGGCGUCCACGAUAAAUAACAACGGUGGGUGUAAAUGACGGCGAGAGGCAGAAUAUCGUAGCCUCUGCUCUGAUAUGUCGCUGUUUUGACUUUAAGAUGAAUAGCAAAUUUAAAGAAGACAUGGGAAAUUAGAGUCGUCUUAUCGUAAAUAAGCGAUUUAGUUCCGAGUGUUUAGGGAGUCCAGGAUUUUACUUUUAUGAUCAAACCACAAACAAAACUCGGUUAAACAUUUCUCUGAUUGUCGACAAACAUCACAAAAUGAAACAAAAACAAGCCGAUCAAAGCAUGUUAGUAUUGUUGUUCGCCACAAAAAAUAUGCAAAUUGGUGCGAGGAAACCAUUAAAAGAAAAACAAAUAAACUGUUGUUUUUUACGCAAAGUUCGCACAACCCAAUUUUUUGUUUGAAAAAUUCGUGCCACAAAUGUUUUUCGAUCAAACAAAAACAAGCAGAUUCAAAGCACGUUAAUGUUGGGUUUUUGCCCCCUAGUGGUCACGUUUUUAAAUACACUCCACAAAAAUAAUGCAAAGUGGUUCGAGGAAACCGUUCAACCGCUCAUUUCACACAGCGAUUUUGUGUGUGUGUGUGAAAAUUAGCCAUUAAAAGCUUUUCAGCACGAGCUGCAAAUGUUAAAGUUCUAAGCCCCCUGGUGGACGCAGACAGGAAAGAAGGUUUCCCGUCUGAAAACUUGGGUUUCUAUGAAUUCAAUUUUCUUUUUUUUUUAUCUGUGAGACGUGAAACAAAGAAAGCAGAAACAUCUUAAAUUAAAUCGGAUUAAAUAAUCUGGAACCAAACUUAAUCCAGGAGUUCAGUUGUGAUGAUGAUGAUGAUGAUGAUGAUGAUGAUGAUGACGACUCCGCAAAACCCUUUAAAACCUGGUCACAUGAUCUUCAGCCUUCACAUUCACUGACAACAUUUUUUCUCUUUAAAGCUGCAGUAGGUGAGAUUUUUUGUUAUCAUUUUGGUCAAUAAUUUCCAUAAUAAUCAAAUGUCAUGAUGUAAAUUACGUGACCCACAGUGACAGGAGACUUUGACCAAUCACAGAACAGUUCAGAGAGAGGGAGAGACGACGCCUCCUGUUGGUUGGCUUUAGUAACAACUUUAUUUCUGCAAAGAAACAAACGAGAAAAAAUGGGAAAAAUCCAAACAAAAUGAUUUUGAAUUAAUACCAAAAAAACACCUGCUGACUUCAGAAUUUACCAAAAUAAAAUCCUGUAAUAGAAAAUAUCAAAAAAAUGUGUUCACAUUUACCGCAAAUUUAAUGCCAGACGUUCAGAUUUUACUGCUUGAAACCCUAAAAAGAUUUGUCACUGUGGGCGGACCCUUUGUGUCUGUGAUUAUCUGGGAGCUACAGACAGAGUGAUUCCACCCCCAAAAAACGUAUGAAACUCGAUGAUUAAUAAUUGCUUUUCUUGCAAUCCUGCCUACUGUAGCUUCAAAGUUCAGCUCGGCAUCCUGGGAAAUAAUUCACUGAAUAUUUUCUGACGUGUAAUGUGAUCGUUCUGACCGUUAAUAUUCCUUUAUUUCACUUAAAAUAAAAAUGAAAUGUAUGAUAUAUAUAUAUAUAUAUUAUAUAUAUAUAUGAUGAAAUAUGAAAAUAUCUGGAAUUUUAUGACUAUAAAAAUAAAAAUUAUAAAUCAGUGAAACUAAAAACAACGAUAAUUAAAGAACAAUAAUCAUUAAAGGUUAAAGGUGUGAUUUAGUUGCUCCUGAAAACGUUUGACCACUAGAUGGCACUAACUUCUCCACACAGGUCCAUUAAGUCACAUGAACCCACAACAGUAUCGCAAAAAAAAAAACACAGUGUGUGGAUGUGUGGACUGAGAAGAUAAACAUCGUUUUCAUCGUCCUGCGUCUCUUCUUCAGUGAUUGUUUUUUUGUUUUUAUUGCAUUUAAAACAUAAAAAUAUAAAUAUAUAUAAAUGUUGAUUAUUUUUCAUGUACAGCUCUGGGAUAAAGGAAUGUAAACGGAAUCAUUUUGUUCAGUUUUUUUCUGUAAUGAUAAACAGGUGAACGGCUUUUUUCUCUCUCUCUUCCUCUUCAUCCUCCUCUUCCUCUCUCUCUGUGUCACAGUCCGUUCCUGCUGCUACUCCAGCUCCAUGUUUUUGUACUCACUCUGAGAGCUGGACUUUCUAUUAAAAACAAUAAAAAGAAAAGAAGACAAAUCACACAAA